UUUUUUGCAUGAUUGGGGGGAAACCUUCGUUGAACCCAUUACUGUUAUUCUUGCUUGUCAGUUCCUGCUUUUUAAAUUUUCCGAGACGCUCAGGGAAAUUCCUCGGGUCGUCGGUCCUGCCAAAAUUUCCAGUUUUGAGUGGUGCUCGCGGUGCAGAGGGUGUCGGGCUGAGCGCCUUCCCGGCCGGCUAAAGGAAUUUCCCUGAUUCAGAAUUUCCUUUUGUUCCUCUCUUCCCCCCGGGUCGUACUGUCACAAAAGAGAGUUUUGAUGAAAGGCGAUUUGGGGGCGUUCGGCGGACGGUGGGAGCGCUGAUAUUAUGGUAUAUCCCCGUUUUAUAUUAAAUGGGAUUAGGGAAGACACAUCUGCAAGGUAUCUCUCUGUCAGGAGGGAGGAGCGGCAGAGUUCGGAGAGCGAGUCAGAGACCCAGUCGGACGACCUAAUGGAAGGCCCAGGUUCGAAUGAGUACAAAUUCGUCGAAGCAUCGCACUCACAGCAGCUUCUCCUUGGCCUUAAUACGCUGAGGAAACGUGGUGAAUUCUGCGAUGUAACGAUAUCUGUCGAAGGGCAGAAAUUCCCUGCACACAGAAAUGUCCUGUCUGCAUUUAGCCCUUAUUUCAAGGCAAUGUUCCUGAGUCAUUUAGUCGAAUCUCGUCAGAAUGUCGUAACACUGUUGGGCGUCGAACCCGAAAUGGUCGGCCUGCUAUUGGAUUAUGCUUAUACUAGUCAGAUAAUGAUAACCGGUACGAAUGUCCAGGCGUUGUUGUCCGCCGCGAAUCUCCUACAAGUCCUGCCCGUUAAAGAGGCAUCUUGCCGUUUCCUUGAGAACCACAUUGAUGCCGGAAACUGCCUCGGGAUCCACUGCUUUGCCGAGGUGCACGCAUGCAUCGAGCUGCAGGAAAAGACUAAGUGUUAUGUCCUUCAGAAUUUCUGCGAAGUAUAUAAGCAAGAAGAGUUCCUCAAUUUGAGCACUUGCAAGCUGAUGGAGCUGACUUCGAACGACAGCUUACAGGUCGAGAGGGAAGAAAUUGUGUUUCAAGCUUUAAUUAGGUGGUACCAGCACAAGCCAGACCAGAGAAAAGUAGAUUUUCCAAAGCUUUUAGAAAAUGUAAGGUUGGCCCUUUUGAGCCCAUAUUUCCUAGUCGAUUGUGUCGAGGGCAAUCCAAUUGUUGCGGACAAUCCCGAAUGUCUAAAAUUGAUUGAGGAGGCGAAGAGGUACCACCUACUUCCUGACAGGCGGCACGAGCUGGCGACACAGAGGAGCAAACCUCGACUUACCUCCGAUACCAUUGAGGUCAUUGUCGCUGUCGGUGGUGAAGAUGACAAAGUGGUGUUACGGGCCGUCGAAUGCUACUGUACAACGACGAAGACAUGGAAGUCUCUUGCCUGCCUCCCGUUCGCCAUUAGCAAGCACGGCCUUGUCGCAAGUGGUAAAAACACACUUUACCUCGCCGGUGGAGAGUUCCCGGAUGGCGGGCCAUCCAGGUCUGUCUGGCGGUACGAUCCUGUUCUUGACUACUGGCAAGAAAUGGAAUCGAUGCUCGUCUCCAGAUCUGAACUCGGUUUAGCCAUGUUGGAUGGAUUUUUGUAUGCUGUUGGAGGCUGGGAGGGUGCGAAUCGAUUGAGUUCUGUCGAAAGGUACGACCCGAGUACGAAUACGUGGUCUUUAAUUGCUCCGAUGAAGAUGGCGCUUACGAGCGCUGCCGUAGUUGCACAUGACGGGCUCCUUUACGUCACCGGAGGCGCAAUUUUAGAAGAGGGAGACGGAAUUGAAUUGGUCCAGAGGUACGAUCCGAGGAGCAACACUUGGUCCGAAGUCUCACCGUUGAAGAUACCGAGGAGCGGCGCCGCCAUAUGCGCCCUCGACAAUUUUAUAUACGUCGUAGGUGGAUGGCACGCAUCGACUGACAACACGAACAGGGUCGAGUGCUACAACAUCAAGACUGACACGUGGGAGUUCAGGUCGUCCAUGUGUGAAAAACGUUACAGGCCGGGCAUAUCAGUUAUUGAUGGGAAAAUAUACGUCCUUGGUGGUGAAGAAGGUUGGGAUAAAUACCAUGCGUCCAUAGAAGUGUACAACCCGGAAACUGAUACGUGGACAUUGUCAGGGGAGAUGCUCACAUCUCGCAGCUGGCUUGGAUGUGUUCCAUUGCAGGUUCGUAAGUCCAACUGUCGAGACGUGCCCUGACAUCAGCCCCCCCGCUUUGCCUGGAUUUUUGAUUGAUUUCUAAACUCACCGGCCGUAAAUCAGCCGAGUGCUCCACGCCCAUUGCUAGCGGGUAUUUUGUGAAAAAUAAAAACAAUAAAACAGGAAGCUUUUUUAAUAAGCAUAACUAUAAAUUUUUAAACACAAAUAAAUAAUAUUAAGCGUCAAA